UGUGGAACCCCUGCAGCCAAGCAAUGGAGGUCUCAGAAUGCCAUGCGCAGGCAACAGCUGAAAACUGAGCUGGUAGAAGAGGCGCGACAGAAUGGCUUCUUAAGCCUGCCAGAGAAGCCGCUUCAAGCGGAUGAGGCCUUAUCCAAACAUUAUUUGGAGCUUCAGAGCCGGCCUUUGAGCUGGCAACGGCCGCAGGAUGUGCCUCCAGAUGCCCCUCUGCCCCAGCAUUUGGUACAGCCUCGUGUUCUCCCACGGCCAUGGCCUCCAGAGAAUCAGUGCCCAGCACGUUUAAGAGAGUCGCUCCAGACCUUCAGCCUCCAGAGACGGUUCCGCCCCAGGACAAGUGAGGAUUUGAUCCAGUUGAUCUUGGAUGAUGAUGAUGAUGAGGAUGGUGACCUCUUCGAUGAAGAGAGCUCAGAGGAGGCAAGUGAAGUGGUCACACCGCGUGAGACCUCCAAGGCUUCUGAGGAGUUCCUUGACCCUCGCAGCCAGAUGCUAAUGUCAAUUGCCGAGAGCCUGGUCAAGGACAUUCUGCCGGGCUCGUUGGUCUCUGCGAAAGUUCAGGACGAGCUCAGCGCGCGGAUUUGGCGCGAGACGCGGGCGCUCUCACUGGACUCUGUGGCGCCGCUGUCCUUCAUUGCCAAAGCUUUGGCUCCCAAGCACAGCUUGUGGCAGAUUGAGUUGGCCAUCAAGGUGAUUACCUUCAACUUGGCACAGCGUGAGAGGCAAGAGCUAUCGCAAGUUGGGAUGCGCCAGGACCAGUUCGACGACUUCAUCCAGGACAUGCAGAAAGGCAUCACCUCCACCCAUGCUGAGGUCAAGAGAUUUGACAGCUAUGCGGGAGGCUCUGCCUAUCAACGAAUUUGUGUGAUGCUGAAGAAUGCCAUUGACUCUCCAGAGGGUCCGUGCACAGAACAGGAGUUGCUUUUGCGCUCCAUCAGGGACUCAGUGCAACAUUUGACCAUCGUGAAGAAGUCGGUGGACGAUGCCAGCAGGCUCUUGCAUGAAGCCAAGAUGGCUGAAACGGGAAUGCUCCAGUGGUCCUCAGACCUUCCCAGGACGAAGAACAUCAUGGACAAGUACUUCUCUGACCUGAAUGCCUUAAAAGAGAAGACUUCCUCCAAAUUGAAGGAUGACUUCCAGGUCGCCGGGCAGCGCUUCGAGCAGAUCUUGAACGAAACCACGCAGCUUCACAGGAUGGCAACGGACCAUGAAGUCAAGACAAGCCAGAUCCAGGGAGAGCUGGAGUUGAAAGACGAGGAGCUUCGAGAGCUGCAGGAGAAGCUCCGACGCAUGAAGCAAGGGACCGAUCGCAACAAGAGCGAAUACCAAGCCUGUAAGCAAGACUUGGAGGAUGAGCGUGAUACAGUGGUGACGCGGGUGAAAGCUGCUGAGCGGCUCUUCGAUGGGCAGACACAAGAGAUCGAAAGUCUCCACCAAGACUUGCGCAAUCUUCUAUUGGAAGAGGUGGCCAAGCAAAUGGAGGAGGAGGCCUUGAGAAAGUUCGAGAAGGUCAAAGCAGAUCGAGAAGAAGCCCAGGUCACCUACCAAAAUGCUCAAGAUCGGCUCAGGCUCACUGAAGACUUGUUGGAUGCCAUGAAUGCCGCAACCCUCAGCGGGAACAUCAUGGACGAGCUCUUACGAAAGAGGGACGAGAUCAAUCGACUUCGGAAUGCAGCCGACAAGGCGGAGGAGUUUAUGGCCGAUCAACGCCAGAAGCUUGUGGAGCUUCAGCAAUGGCUUCGUGACUUUGGGCAACCAGAGGUGGCCGAGGCCGCAGACACCUUCAUUACGGAUGCCACAGAGAUGCCGAAGGUGGCACUAAGCACACCCAUGCAGCUGGUCUUCAUCCUCGAGAGGCUCGUACCACGAUGGUGUCGUCGAGUGCAACGGCGAGAAGCACUGAGGAAGGAGGUGACUUCUUUCUGGUGCCCGAGCGAUGCCUAUGAGCAGCAGCUCCGCGAGCGGAGUGAGCGCUGGAAGCUCCUUCUUUCACGUGUUCCGGAGACGCAGCAGGAGGGAGAGGCGGCCUAUGGUAGCGGUUGGCGCUGGCGGCUUCUGCAGAGUUCUUCAGCCCCGGAGCUGAUGCCUUUAGACACCUCAGGGGCUUCGCCUGUCCGCAGCCCCUCCUUGAGAAGAAACUUAAAGAAGGAAGGCGGAGGACAAAGAGCAAGCCAGAGUCGAAGUGGCGCCUCUCCUCCUCGCGACGCACGGAGGAAGUCCGCUGUGAAAGGCCGCCAGUCACUGGAAGCUCCGACCGCACGAGGGCCGCUUCGGCUGGAAGCCCCUGAAGGACGGCCACCAUGGACUUGGGCGGCGGCACCGGGUGUGCGGUGGGAGGUCCAAAACGUCCCAUAUGACCGUUGGGAAAGUGCCUGGCGGAAAUUGUGGAUUGAUGCCAAGAAGAUCUUCGAGGCCGUUCCACCCGAUGCGCUGACGGAUGAGGGUGUCCCAGUGAUUGAGGGUGAACUUGGAAUCGCACACUUUUGGCAGGAUUGCCAUUUGCAUCUUCGACGCCUGUGGCUGAUCAUCUCAACCAACCUUCGAGGACUCGACCAGCUCAAGCGCUUGGAGAGCACCCUAAAGAAUGCCCAAAAGCUCUUGGGCGACCCACUCCGGGCGAAGCGCAAGAAGAUAGCUGGCGCGGAGGAGGACAAGGAGGAGCGUGAACUCCAGACUUUGUCCACCACUGCUCGCCAGUUGCUGGAGCAUGGCCGCGAGGUCUUCAAUGCGAAAGUGCAGCUUCAACAGGACCAGAUGUGGUUUUGCGCCUCCCUUCUAGCGCAGCUGCGCGGCUUGCGUGAGGCAUUGAUGAACCUCUUGGGGCGCUUGAAGACUCUCUCGGAAGAGCACGAGGAUUGUGUCUUUUCUGGCCGUCUUCUGGCCGAAGUCUCCAAGCUCAAAGACAUCCCUUUGGAGGUUCCUCCACUUCUUGAAGACCUGCAACGAUGGGGCAGGUCCUUGAAGUUGGACUUCCUUCGCCUCACCGCUGAGCACCAGAGCUUGGAAGAGGAGUGGCAAAGCUUGGUGGGCCAGCAGAGCGAUUCUUUCCUGACCAGUUUCUCCCGAACCACAGGGAAGAGCAAGAAGGACAAGGUGGUGUUCCAGGUGACGUUGGCUUUGGAGGAGGCAAUCACAGCUCUUUGUGCAGCCUAUCAUUGUCUCUUGGAGAAUCGUUGGAUACGAAAGCAGGCGGGAUGGGGUUCUAGUUUGGCUCUGGGUUGCCGGAUGACUUGCCAACCGGAAAGGCCUAAUGAGGGGUUUGGGGGAGCAGCAAGGGGACUUUUAAAGUGAUCUGGAUCUCAGGAAGAUUUCAGGCGGAUCCCAGUUUGGAGGGUUGAACCUUGCCUUGACUGGGCAGGUAGCCUUUCGCACAAGCAUUUCGCACAUGCUGAGGCCAUCUUACAUGGGAUGAGAUAUCAGGAGACAUCUCACCGUGUGUAGUUUGAACAUGCCAUGAUCAUCCGUGAUCAAUGUUAAAACAGGUAAGCCUGAUUGCCAGGUGUUUUCAGGCUCCGUCGGCUGUGCUCCAGUACGACAGGUAUCCUGCGCUCCAGCAGCGCUGCUUUCUGAAAAGGUAACUCUUCAGAUCAUUUCUGCAGAUUGGUGCAGAGCUACCAUCACCACCAUCACCAACAACAACACCCGCAAGAAGAAGUAAGAAGGAGAAGAAGAAGAAGAAGAAGCAGAAGAGGAAGAAGAAGAAGAGGAAGAAGAGGAAGAAGAGG